AUGGAACUUCGGCGUGUAGGCGAGGACCAUUUGAUCUACAACUCAACACGCACACUGUCCUACAAAUUCAAAGGACAGUCGAAGCCAUGGUACAUAACCACCGCUAUAACCGACGUGCGCCCCCCAAAUGGCGAGUUCGUCGCUGGGCGCAGCUCUGAGCUCGACUCGAGUCAGGAGCUCAGUGUCUUUGUUAGCGUUCCGCAUGGAUAUGGUGCAAGUCCAGAUGGAAGAGACAUCCGGGUCUGCUCACACAUGAUGGGAAGUGUCAACAAAACCUCUGACAAUCCCACUGAUGCGCAAUAUUCCUGCAAAGGGGUCAUUAGCGACAAGUGUGUCAAGGAAUAUGAGAAUGCAACUAUGCUUGUCCCUGCGCUCGGCCAACCUUGUCCCGAUUUCACCUCAAUAAUGCCUGACCUGAGCGAGGAAUGUAGAGAACAAGUAUUUGGCGGCAUUAGCAUAGCACGGAACUUUUCCUCAACGCGCUGUUCGCUCGACAAGAUGCCGUAUCUCGACCUUCCAGCCAAUUACACCACUUUCGGCACUGAUUGGGCAGGAUUUGAUGGUGAUGGUGAUCGCGAGGAUUUCGAUCGCUACGAUGAAAGAGUUCAGCGGAGUAUUCCUGUGUUGAUGGCUGUAUCAAACGGCAAUGAUAGUAGUGAAAGCAAGCUGUUUUGCAUUGCUCCUGAUCAGGUUGUUCCGGGCAGUCGGAAACCUGAGUCGAAACUAGGAGAUCGAGAAGAAGAUGAGAACAGGGCGUCGCGAGUUGGGGGGCUGGGGGCUGUUUUGCUUGGCGUUGGCGUUGUUAUGAUCUGUAGCCUUCUGUAG